UGGAACAAAUAUAUUAUACGUGUUUUAUUAUUUUGACCACUUUAGAAAUUUUCUAAGUGUAGUCACGUUUUUUGAGUAAAAAUGGUAGCAGCAGAUACAGAAUCUGCUGAAGAUAAAUCUUUAGAAGUUGAGGAAGUUUCAAAACCAGAAGAAGUAUCGCCCAAAGUCUUUAGUCUUGAAAUUCUUCGUGUAAUUUAUGAUGCCCAACAACAGCAUGGGUUGAGACAUGGAGACUAUCAAAGAUAUCGAGGAUAUUGUUCAAGGCGCUUAAGACGUCUCAGGAAAGUGUUGAAAAUACCUCAGGGUGAUCGAAGACAUUUCAAAAAGAGGGAUGUAACUGAAAGUCACUUUUUGGCUCCAAAGGCUGAUGAGCGUUUGCUUCAUAUAUCAUUAAACCAAGCCGAAAGAUCAUGGAGUUAUGCUAUGCAGUUGCGGCAAGAAGCUAACACAGAGCCAAGGAAGAAGUACCACCUUAUAAGUAGGUUACGAAAAGCCUGUAUGCAUGCACAACAAUUGCAUGAAUUGUGUAAGUUAGAAUAUUGUGAUGCUCGCACAAAGUUAGAGGCUGAAGCUUAUGUGGCAUGGAUCCAAGGAUCCUUGUAUUUUGAAUUAUCUAUGUGGAAAGAGGCAGCUGAAAAUCUAAAAAAAGCUCAAAUUGUUUAUGAGGGAAUACUUAAAGCCCUCAAUGACGAAGAUAAAGCAUUUUAUCAAAAUAAAAUUGAUGAGAUUACUCCCAGUUUGAGAUAUUGUGCAUAUAAUAUCGGUGAUGGAACUGCUAUAGAAGAUCUAAUUCAGUUAAGAGGCAAAGGAUUGUUAAACAAUAUAGAUCAAUUAGUAGCCCAAACAAGAGAACGAAAUGUGGAGAGUUUACAAUAUGUUGAGUGGCGUGGUAACAAAAUACCUGUUCGUUUAGAACGAGUAAAAUUAUUCUUGCUCGGUAUUGAAGAUUUGGACAAAUCAAUUUCAAAUUCAAAUGAUGUAACAUCCAAGAUAUCACUAAUUGAAAACACUUUGAUGGAUUUGAAAGAUACAAUUUCAAGUGUUAGGGAUGAAUUAAAAAAUGAUAAAACCAAGUCAAGCUCACAAAUGUUGUUGACUUAUUUAUUGUACAUUCGAUUAACAAGAACUAUUGAACGAAAUUUGUUGCUUGUAGAACAAGCUCAACAAGUAAAUGAAACAAAAGAGCAAUCUAAUAAAGCAGUCAAUAAAAAAAAGGCAUUGGGUAAACCAACUGAAGGAAAAACAGAGCCUAAGAAAGUGAACAUUCAAAAUAUUGCUAGGUUGUAUGAGAUAAUAAUACAAAAUGUUUUAGAAUUGCAACAGCUUCCUGGUAUGGAAACAGAUGACUCUUUCCUAUCAGAGAUGGAUAUCCUCCUGAAAUCUUUUAAAGCUUUUCGUUGUUAUUAUAUUGCUGAAAUUUUAUUGAACAUGAAACGCCAUCGUGAUUGUGUGGCUAUGUAUGAAAAGUCACUCAGUUAUUGUAAAGAAAGUUUGAUUCAUAACUUGAAUUCCUAUAAUUUGCCACAACAAUUAAGGAAAUUACAAAAAACUAUUGAAGGAUCCAAAUGCCUUGCACAUGCUCAUAGCGUUCUUGAUGAAGAAGGACCUGAUGAUAUGGGUACUUCUAAGAAGAGUGCUAAAUCUAAAGUACCUCUUUUUGAUAGGUUGUCUGAGUACAAAGAAGAUUCUCAGUUACUGACAACUAAGCCAAAUGUAUAUGCACUUCCUCCAAAAAUGGAAGCAAUGCCUUGUAAACCCCUAUUCUUUGAUUUAGCUCUUAAUUUAAUAGAGUUUCCAGAUUUGAAUGAUAAAAUAGGUGAAUCUCGAAAGCAAGGAGAUAACCAAGGCAUAACUGGGUUUGUUAAAGGAUUGUGGAGCUGGAGUGGGAAUAAAAAAUAAUGUUCUUUACAUUAUGGAAUAUUAUAAAUAUAUAAUAAGUAUUCAAUUUGUUUUUGGGAAAUUUGA